UAAGGAAGAAGGCAACACCCAAACUUGUUGACCGACUUAUGUAUUUGCAGUGUAUGUGAGAGCGAAUGAUGCCGCUUCUGUUGCAUCUGACGUUCGAAUGUUGCUUGUGUUGAAGAAGAAGAAAAAACACGGAGUUAGUUUGUUGUUGUACUGAUCUACAGUAGCCUAGCGUGGGAUAUAUAUAUAUAUGUUUUUGUAUCUAUAGGUUCGUGUUUUUGGGGUUGUAUUUUCAAGCGAUGGUGGCAGCAGAAGCCACAUUUCAGCUGGUGUUGAUGGAAGACGUCCCAGUUUUGCAGAGUUGCACGUUGCGAAUGUAAGACUGGAUGUAGCUGAUUGGAGUAGCGACAUCGGUGAUCACACAGCCGAGUGGGAGGAGGGGAGAUUCUGAAAGUGGGUUUUUCUGUGUGUGUGACUCUCCAGCGGCCAUGUUAUCCAAGAAGCCGUGCGCUGCCGUCUACCCAACUGGCAAAGGGGGUGAGAUCUGCCAGCUACAGUCUUCCCCCGGAAUCGGAGUCGGGGGUCCCCGGGCCGUAGCAGCGACAGACCCGCCAUCGCCCGUCACACUACCACCCCUCAGGAAUAUCAAGUCGCUCACGGUUGGAGGCAAUAAACACACCAUGAGUGACCACAUGCACGUGGGGAACCACCAACAGAUCCACGUUCAACAGCUGUUUGAGGAGAACAGCAACAAACGGACAGUGUUGACUGCACAGCCCAAUGGGUUGACCUCUGUGGGCCGGGCAGGUCUACCGCUGCCUGACCGACAGCAGCCCGACGUCACCACUACCACGGCCCAGUGUCGGCAGGGCAGCUCAGCCUCCCUCAAGUCCACCGACAGCAAGCCCCAGCCGGCCACCCUGACCCCGGAGCAGGCCAUGAAGCAGUUCAUGCCCAAGCUUACGGCCUUCGAGCACCAUGAGAUCUUCAGUUACCCAGAGGUGUAUUUCGCUGGACCCAACGCCAAGAAGAGGCCGGGGGUGAUCGGGGGGUCCAACAACGGAGGCUACGACGACGAUCAGGGCUCCUACAUCCAGGUGCCCCACGACCACGUCUCCUACCGCUACGAGGUCCUCAAGGUGAUUGGCAAGGGCAGUUUCGGUCAGGUGGUGAAGGCCUACGACCACAAGGCCCACUGCCACGUGGCGCUGAAGAUGGUGAGGAAUGAGAAGAGGUUCCACCGCCAGGCGGCCGAAGAGAUCCGGAUCCUGGAGCACCUGAGGAAGCAGGACAAAGACUCCACCAUGAACGUGAUCCACAUGCUGGAGAACUUCACAUUCCGUAACCACAUCUGCAUGACCUUUGAACUCCUCAGCAUGAACCUCUACGAGCUCAUCAAGAAGAACAAGUUCCAGGGCUUCAGCUUGCCGCUCGUCAGGAAGUUCGCCCACUCUAUCCUGCAGUGUCUGGACUCGCUGCACAAGAACCGUAUCAUCCACUGUGACCUGAAGCCAGAGAACAUUCUCCUGAAGCAGCAGGGACGCAGCGGGAUCAAGGUCAUCGACUUUGGCUCCAGCUGCUACGAGCACCAGCGGGUUUACACCUACAUCCAGUCUCGUUUUUACAGAGCUCCCGAGGUCAUCCUGGGGUCGCGCUAUGGGAUGCCUAUUGACAUGUGGAGCCUGGGCUGCAUCUUAGCGGAGUUGCUCACUGGGUACCCUCUCCUGCCGGGCGAAGAUGAAGGGGACCAACUGGCAUGUGUCAUCGAGCUGCUGGGCAUGCCCUCGCAGAAACUGCUGGACUCUUCCAAGAGAGCCAAAAACUUUGUGAGCUCCAAGGGUUACCCCCGGUACUGCGCGGUGACGACCCUGCCGGACGGCUCGGUGGUGCUGAACGGGGGGCGCUCCCGCCGGGGCAAACUGAGGGGACCCCCGGGGAGCAAGGAGUGGGUGACGGCCUUGAAGGGCUGCGACGACCCCCUGUUCCUGGACUUCAUCAAGCAGUGUCUGGAGUGGGACCCUGCCGUGCGCAUGUCCCCCAGCCAGGCCCUCAGACACCCCUGGCUCAGGAGGCGCUUGCCCAAACCUCCCACGGGGGACAAAACAACGGUGAAGCGGAUCACCGACGGGGGCUCUGGCGCUAUCACGUCCAUCUCCAAAUUACCUCCCACCUCGGGCUCCACCGCCAAGAUAAGGACUAACCUGGCGCACAUGACGGACGCCAACGGGAACAUCCAACAGAGGACAGUGUUGCCAAAACUAGUCAGUUGAAGGAACUGUAAACGACAGCUAGUUCGUUGUCUCAUCUAGGAUCUCUCUUCUUACUGUUUUUGGUUUGUUUGUGUUUUUAAAAUGGAGAGAUGUGUCUCUGAGAGAGAGAGAAACAACCGGGGAAGCCGAACAGUACCAGUCACUGUACUCAACAGUGUGGUUUGUUUUAGACAGAGGGGUUUACUCAGCGUUAUUAAUUCAUCGCGUCAUUGUUUAGUAGCUCUGUAGCAGCUUUUAUUAUAAAUAUAAACGAGACAAAAACAUGAAAGUGGUCAUCAUGAAGGGAACAAUGCUUUUAGGUGUUUAGUCUCAGGACUGUGUGCUCUGAUGGAGCAGGUGGCUGUCGUUCACACAAUCUGGCCCAAGCAGAGACUGAUAACCUGGGCGUGAUAGUGUAGAACAACAGAAUGGGUGGCUGGCCACGAUGAACACAUGACGAUAACUAACUCAUAUCAGACAGUCUGAAGAUAUUUAGGCUCUGCUUCUCUACCUUAUCUGAUUGAUAUAGUGACAUUAAAUAGCUGUGAGAAAGUUUUUUUUUUUUUAUAAGCUAAGAUCAUAGUAUCUGAGAUGAGGUUUUGGUCAAAUAAAUGUGAGGAUGGAAAGUGGCUGUUUUAAGACUGUUAAGAGUUAAAGUGAGAGGUUGGACCGCGGUGUGGAAACAUUUGUUUACCUGACAGACUAUGCCUGUAAUUCUCUUGACAUUCCUUAAACAACUGAACUAGAACUAGAAAUUAGUGCAGGUUUGUCUUGUUUUCACCUGUACCAGAAACAAGGGAGUGAUACACGGAAUAAUGUGUUCUGUCAGAG